AUGUGCUCACCGGAAGUGAAAAUGCAGCUGAGGGAAUGACAACUUUGAAAUGACAGGCCUUGCCAAAAUAGUGCAAUGUAGACAACUUUCACACAAAAUUUUGGAUUUUAAUCCACUUUACCAAAGGGGUGUACCCAAACACAAUCUAUACAGACAGUAUUUACAUAAUUUCAAACCUGGUCAUGCUCCUGAGAAAGCUGUACUUGGAAACUUGCAUCAUGGAAAUACUUUUCUGAAGUGCUCUUGGAAUAAUGCCGUUGUUGAGGCCAGAGUUUUAUCUACAAAACCUUCAGCUAAGAAAGAAAAUGAAAGAACGCCUGAUGUCACAAAUAAAGAAAUUCGACGAUAUCUUCUUAGUUUUAUCUGGCCUAAAGAUGACUGGUUCAUCAAACGGCGCAUCAUAUUAACAACCUCUCUACUUCUUGGCUCUAAGGCCAUCAAUAUCUGUGUACCAUUUAUAUUUAAAUAUGCGGUAGAUUACCUUGGAGAUAAAGAAAACCUCCUUGACUUAACCAGUGCCCCGACUGCCAUCUUGACAGUAGCUACAGGAUCUAUGUUAAUCUAUGGUAUUGCCAGAAUUUUGUCCACCUUCUUCAGUGAGAUGAGGAAUUAUGUCUUCACUGAAGUAGCCCAGAGUUCUAUGAGGAAGGUUGCCACCAAUAUUCUGCAUAACAUGCUGUAUAUGGAUCACAAGUUCCACUCCUCUAAAGACACCUCAGAUGUGUGUGAGGCCAUCAGCAGGGGCACAGAAGGAAUGAACACAAUGUUAAGGAUAAAAAAGUUUUGCUUGUGUUUAAAAAAGCAUAUAAAAAAAUUAAAAAAGCAAUUUUUAUAAAUAUUAUCUUAAUUGUUUUGACAGGGUUAUAGGUUUGGUUUGACCUAUGCAGCGAUAACCUGUGGAACCAUCAUUACCUAUGUUGUGUUUACUCUCCAAUAUACAGAGAAAAGGAGUAAAAUUAGGCGAAAUAUGAACAUGGCUAAAAAUGCAACUAGAAGUAAAGCAACAGAGUGCCUACUGAACUAUGAACUUGUAAAGCUCUUCAACAAUGAGGACUAUGAAGCUAAGGUGUACGACAAAUUAACUGGGAAGUAUAUGGACCUCAGACAGCUUACGAUGAAGACCCUGGCCUUGUUAAACAGUGGACAGAAUCUGAUAUUCUCCAUCGGUCUCACUGGUGUCAUGGCGCUGACAGCUCAAGGAAUUACACAAGGUACUGCCACCAUUGGGGAUCUGGUGAUGGUCAAUGGACUCCUCAUUCAGCUCUCCACCCAGCUAAACUUUGUUGGAUCCACCUACAGAGAACUGUCCGAGUCAAACAUUGACAUGAAGGAGAUGUUCAAGCUCAUGAAAAUGGAGACCAGUAUCAAGAGCCCUCCGAAUGCCCCGCCUUUGGUUGUUUCCCCCGAGUCUGCCUCUAUCGAGUUUGACAAUGUCCGCUUCGCUCACACGGAGGAGAGGCAGAUUCUGGACGGAUUAUCGUUCUCGGUGGAACCAGGAAAGAAGGUGGCCAUUGUAGGAGGCAGUGGAUCAGGGAAGUCCACCAUUGUAAAGAUGCUGUUUAGGUUCUUUGACCCUGACGAAGGGAGAAUCCUCAUUAAUGGACAGAACAUCAGGGACCUUGACCUACAUAGUGUCAGGCAGGUUAUUGGAAUUGUACCACAGGACUGUAGUAUGUUAUUUAAUGAGACCCUGAUGUAUAACCUACAAUAUGGAGACCACAAAAAAACUCAGGAACAAAUCAUGGAGGCAGCUACCAUGGCACAGAUCCCUCCCAAACUUCUCUACAACAUGGAGAUGAAGUUAGGGGAAAGGGGAAACAAACUGUCAGGAGGAGAGCAACAACGAGUUGCCAUUGCCCGGAUGUUGGUUAAGGACCCCAUGAUUAUAGUUUAUGACGAAGCAACGUCAUCUCUAGAUACUAUCACAGAACAGAUGAUUCUAUCGACCUUGAAGCGAGUGACAGAGGGUAGAACUACCCUAGUGAUAGCUCACAGACUCUCUACCAUUGUGGAUGCUGAUGAAAUUCUAGUGAUACGUAAUGGCAGGGUCGCAGAGAAAGGCAGCCAUCAUGAACUCUUAGCUAACCCUGAUAGUCUGUAUGGAAACUUAUGGACAAAGCAAAGUCACAUAGCACAAGGGAACGUGCCAGUUUUAGAUGAUGUUAAUUAAAUUAUUUGUUGCUGAUUUUAGUGAUAUUUUUUAAGUUGGAUAAAAUUAAGAAAUUUGAACUGGUAGCUAUAGGAUAUCUGAUGUAACAUGCUUUUUAUUUUGCUUGUCAUAAGCUUAAACAAGGUGCAUUUUUUAAACGUGUAUUAACUUUAAUGUAAUAUUAAUUUUUUAUAUGAUUUCAGAUACACCAGUAAAAUUAACACUUCUUUUCUCAUUGGGCAUUUUACUAUAAGGUCUGCCAGAUGUGCCAAUUUGAAUUUUGUUUCUGAUUUCAAUCAAAUUAUACAGAUGAAAACUAUAUAGGAUGAAAUUAUUGAUAAAAAUGUGGAAGUGUUUUAUUUAUUGUAUUGCCUAAUGGCUAUUGCUUUUAUCUAAUGAACACCACAAGCUAAUCUUUGUACAUUUAUGUUGAACAUAAAUUUACAUGCUUAAUUUAGAA